UUUACUCUCCUCGAACCGUUGUCCUGCCCGCUGCUACUGCUAGAAUCAAUUCAGCGGCAGACUGAUCUCAUACGCUCGAUCCAAUUAAGCAUUUUCCAGAUCUGAUGCUCACAAACCCUAAAUUUAUUGCAAUAGUCAGAUCAAAUCAUAAAUUAUAUCCUCUUUAUCAAAUGAUUGCGGUCUCUGUAAAGCCAUUGUUCUUCGCUAUCUUCACUGUUUCACUAUUACUUGCCGUCAUGUUGCUCUCUCCUUCCACGCCGUUUUCUUCGAAUCGGGUUCCUCUUCAGUUUCAUCUGUAGGGAAAUUGGAUAUAUGGAGUGUUGGAAGGGUUGUGGAGUGGAGGCCUUGCACGUGGUGGCUUCAAGGACAUCUUACUGACAAUUGCAUUGGUUUUUUGUUGAAAUCCUGCAGCUCUACCAAUAGAGAGUAAUGGAUAUAUCCGUGUGGAUUGCUAUGGUGGCCUCAAUCAGAUGAGAAGAGAUCUGAGUGUUCAAUAGAUAAAUAUAUUUUGCAGAAAAUGUUUCAUUUGUGUUUGCUGCUUAGGUAAAAUUUUCUUGUGUCAUGAUUUUUACAGUUCUGUGAUGGUGUUGGCAUUGCCCGUUUGUUAAAUGCAACACUAGUUUUGCCUAAAUUUGAAGCAGCUGCAUAUUGGAAUGAAUCGAGAUGUAUUUGAUGUUGAUUACUUCAUUCAACAAGUAAAUGGCUUUGUUAAAGUUGUUAAAGAAUUGCCUCCAGAGAUUGUGUCAAAAGAACCUUUUCAGGUAGACUGUAGGAAACGCAAAGGCCAGUUGGAUUACAUUGAAAGUAUUCUUCCAUCACUUUUGGAGCACCAUUAUAUCUCAAUUACACCAGCAAUGAGCCAAAGAAGGGACAGGUAUCCAAAGUAUGCAAAAGCUGCACUUUGUCAAGCCUGCUACGGUGCACUGCGUCUUACAAGAUCCUUGGAAAAGAAAGCUUCAGAACUUCUGGAAGCUAUACCAAAACCCUUCCUCUCACUUCACCUUCGAUUUGAACCUGAUAUGGUAGCAUACAGCCAAUGUGAAUACUCAGGCCUUUCGCCUGCCUCAAUGGAAGCCAUUGAAGCUGCAAGGGGAGAUAGAAAACAAUGGACUGGAGAGUUGGCCCGUAUUUGGAGAAAACGGGGGAAGUGUCCCCUCACGCCUAAUGAGACAGCCCUCAUACUUGAGGCACUUUCCAUUCCGACAAACACAAAUAUAUAUCUUGCAGCUGGUGAUGGCCUUAUGGAAAUUGAAGGGUUAACAUCUGUAUACACCAAUGUUUUUAAAAAAUCUGCGCUUCUUAAUGGUGAGGAUUUCACAAGUGUGCACGGGAACACAAAAGCUGCCUUGGAUUAUUAUGUAUCUAUCAAUAGUGAUUCAUACAUGGCUACUUAUUUUGGUAACAUGGAUAAGAUGGUUGCUGCGAUGCGAGCUUACAAGGGACUCCAUAAAACUCUAUUCUUAAGCAGAAGAGCUUUUGCAGAACUCACUUUUCAGGGCUUGAAAGGGAAGGAGUUGAUGCAAGCCUUGCGGACAACACGUGAGGAAGCUUUGCCUGACUGCUUUUGUGAAUUUAAAUUGUAAAUUCAUCUCUUACGUUUUCCUCUGUGUCUGUUAUAGUAAUGUACCAAUAGUUUCUUUUGUAUGUGAUAUCAUGCUUCUUGUUGUUCCCUUUUGGAAAGUGAACAGCAGGAACCAUUUUGAAGUCCUAGGAAAAAGAAUUUGAACAAUGAUGUUGCUUGGAUUACGUUACGAAAGAUAUUUCCUUGUAUGAAAUUUUGAUUAUAUGUAUAGACUAAGGACAAUGAUUACCCUUUGAACUGCGAAACCACCACCAAACAAAUUGUUCUACACAAGCUUCUGGUUGAUGGAUUGGCUUGUUUAAUUGGGAUAACUUUAGGAAAUAUUUAAGUAUUAAGAAAGUGUGAAAAUUGUUUU